AUGAAACCUGUAUUAUGUGAUUAUUGUAAACGUGAACGUGUUAAUCAAAAUGAUACCAACUGGAAUCGACAUAUUGAAUCUUGUAAAAAAAAAAACAAAUGUGCAAUAAAAGACAAAAAGGAAACUUGGAUAGAUUUUUUAAUAAAAAACAAAAGAGUUGUAUUGGUAUAUUUAAGUCUUUUAUUGCCGAGAAAUAUGUGUACUGAAACUGAAUCAUCAAGCUUGAAUAUUGAAUCAUCGGUAUCAGUUGAAAAGCCUGAGUUAGAAGUUAAAACAACGCGAACGCCAACUAAAUCUUCUCAUGAUUUAAGUCAUUUAAUGCCGAGAAAUAUGUGUACUGAAACUGAAUCAUCAAGCUUUAAUAUUGAAUCAUCGGUGUCAGUUGAAGAGCCUGAGUUAGAAGUUAAAACAACGCGAACGCCAACUAAAUCUUCUCAUGAUUUAAAUCAUUUAAUGCUGAGAAAUAUGUGUACUGAAACUGAAUCAUCAAGCUUGAAUAUUGAAUCAUCGGUGUCAGAUAAAACCACAGUAAUGUUUGAUGAUGAUCCUGGUAAAUGGCCAAAGUUGAUACCCAGUGGUUUAAAAGGUUAUUUCUUAAAUCUUGGUGUUUGUCAGCCUUCGCCUAUGGAGUUGAGUAACUGGCAGUUUCCAAAAACAAAUGAUUCUCAUGGCAGUGUUCGUUGUUUUCAUGAAAAAUAUUAUUUUAAAACACAGUCAUGUGGUGAAAUUAUCAAACGUUCGUGGCUAUCAUACUCAUCAUCUCUUGACAAAGUAUUUUGUACUACCUGUAAAAUAUUCGGUUUGCCAAAAGCUCAAAAACUUACAAUUGCCUCAGAUGGGACUGGAGAUUAUAGAAAUAUAAAAAGAAAUAUUGAAAACCAUGAAAGCUGCAACGAUCAUAUUCAAUCUGUUUUAAGUAGAGCAUUGUAUGAAAGUCACAAUCGUAUUGAUGCACAAAUUAUCCAAGGUUCUAAUAUACAAGUUUCUGAAAACAGGGAAAUACUUAGGGUUAUUAUUGAUUCUUUAAUAUUUAUGGCUCGACAGAAUAUUGCACUGCGAGGUCAUGAUGAAUCGACAUUUUCAACCAAUCAAGGAAACUUUUUAGAAUUAAUUAAAAUGUUUGCCAAGUAUCAUCCAACGUUACAACACCAUUUAAAUACAAUUGAACAGCACAAACGAAAUCGACUUACAUUCUUAUCACACGAUACCCAAAACAAACUAUUAAGUAUAUUAUCAAAUAUUGUUCGUUCAAAAAUGUUGAGUGAAGUUAAAAAAGCUGGUAUAUUUUCAGUAAUAAUUGAUACCACUACUGAUGUAUCAAAAUUAGAGCAAUUUUGCUUAGUUGUCAGAUAUGUUUUUGAUGGAGAAACUUAUGAACGUCUUCUAGCUCUAACAACCACCCAAGAUGCAUCUGGAUUUGGCAUGUUUCAGGUUUUUUGUUAUAUAACUGAAAAUAAUAAAUUGAACUGGAAAGAACAUCUUUGUGCUCAAGGAUAUGAUGGCGCAGCAUCAAUGCAAGGAGUUUAUUCCGGUUUGAGAACACAUAUACAAAACCAUAACCCACGAGCAAUUUAUAUAUGGUGCUUUGCACAUGUACUUAAUUUAGUCAUUGUAGACACUUGUGACAUAUGUUUAGAAACUAGGAACUUUUUCGGCGAUGUACAGGCAUUAAAUGAAUACAUGAAAGCUCGCAAAAGAACGGCAAAAUUUGUAGAAUUACAAAACAAGAACUAUCCAAAUAAACCUAUACGCCGUCUUAAACAUUUUUCGACAACUAGGUGGACUUCUCAUGAUAGAGCAUUAACUGUAAUAUUUGAAAAAUAUGAAGCAUUAGUACAAACAUUAAAAUUUUUGAAAAAUUCUGAUGAUUCUGACCGUGACUCUUUAUCAAAAGCAACAGGUUUAGAAACAGCUGUAAACUCUUAUAUGUUUGUUGUUACAAUGAUUUUUAUACAAAAAAUAUUUUCAAUUACUUCUCCACUGUCUAAAUAUCUUCAGUCUAAGAACUUGGAUUUUAUACAAGCAUUAGCACUAGUCGACGAUUCCAGAAAAAGGUUGCAAAGUCUUAGAACAGACGAAGAAUAUUUGAAAUUAGUUGACGAAACUAAAUUGUUUGUAAAUAAAAAUAACGUACGUGAGACAGAGUUUAAAGUUCUCCGCCCAAGACGGCGGAAAGUUAUGCCAGGAGAAUUUGCUGUGGAUGAAGUAAGUUUAUCACCUAAUGACCGUUAUAAAACUGAAGUAUACUUUAUUGUCCUUGACGCUAUUGUAAUGUCCAUUUCUACGAAACUUUGUACUUUGAACUUUGAAGUUAUAGUCUUUCAUGUUCAUUUUAUUAUACAGGUUAAAUUAAUCAAGACUAGACUACGCUCAACAAUUGGACAAGACCGAUUGGAAAGUCUGAUGAUUCUUAGCUGUGAAAGAGAUAUAAGUAUCAAUUAUGAAGAAGCAAUUAACGCAUAUGCUAUGUCAUCUGAUUUAUUAAGAGAUAAGCUGAUAUUUAAAUAA